CCAUGGUAGGUGACUAGGGACUCAAAACUUCCCUGCCACAAAAUGGCUGACAGCAAGCUGGCUUGUUUUGCACAGCAAAGAUCAGAGACUUGUCAUUAAAACACACACACAGAACGUCUAAAAGCAGCACUUUUACAGGCUGAGAACACAACCAGUUGCUGUAGUACUGAAACUCAUUAGAGCUUACUUGGGGCUUUGUGUCUUGAGAUGUGUAUUUACUGGGACAUCACAAGUAAUUACUCAUUAACGAACCCUUACUUCCCACUGUCAUCUGCAUCUUGCAAUUUCUGCCUUCAGUGAAACCGUCCCAAAUAGCCAAACUCCCUGCCCAGCCUAUAACCCAGCAUUCACACCACUUCUUUUCCUUUUAACAGAAAAAUGGAGACGCUGGCUCAGACUAUGAACAUUUCCAAGGUGGCAGUAGAUGGCAGCUUCACUAACAGCUCCUCCAACUGUACAAUUGACGGUUUCAAACAAGUAAUUUAUCCCAUCGUGUAUCUCUUUAUCUUCUUUCCGGGUGCUGUUGGAAACAGCCUCUCCAUUUAUGUUUUCUUCCAGACUUCGCAAAGGACCUCAGUAAACAUUUACAUGCAGAACUUGGCUAUUUCAGACCUCAUGUUUGUGAGCACUUUGCCCUUUCGGGCCUCAUAUUUCCUCUUGGGAUCACAUUGGAUAUUUGGCGACAUCCUCUGCAGGAUCAUGACUUACAGCUUGUACAUGAAUAUGUACUGCAGCAUUUAUUUCCUCGCUGUGCUCAGCGUGGUUCGUUUUGUAGCCAUCGUCCACCCCUUCAAACAUGGACAAGUGACCAACACGAAGUAUGCCAGGAUUACCUGUGCAGCCAUAUGGAUCUUUGUGCUGUUAGCUGCCAGCCCUCUGUUAAACAAGGGAAUCGCUGGCUACAGCAACCCAGUCAAAUGCUUGGACCUCCACCCCCCCAGCACACACAGGCUCCUCAUGAUGAACAGCUUUGUCCUCGUCGUGGGCUUCAUUCUGCCAUUCUGCACAAUUUUGUUCUGCUAUGUCUUUGCCAUCAGAGCGCUGCUCAAGUCCAGGGCUCAGCGGAGCAGGAGGGCAGUGUGUCACAGGAAGGCACUGUUAACCAUUGUCAUCACUCUCAUCCUCUCCCUCAUCUGUUUCCUGCCAUAUCACAUCCUGCGCACUGUCCACCUGCUAUAUAGCAGCUGCAGCCAGGCCAGCCUGCACAAGGCGUUGGUGGUCACUCUCUGCCUCGCUGCCAUGAACAACUGCCUCGACCCUUUUCUCUAUUACUUUGCUGCUGAAAAUUUCAAAGCAAAAAUCAGAAGUUUGUGCUGCAGAUAGCUGGUGCAGAAUCGCAAAACAAUAUAUAUAUAUACAGUCCUGAUGGGAUUUCUAGACUGGGUUCAUACUAUUGAAUGACAGAGGCUGUGUCAGUGCUGCUGGCCAGCCUGCAGCUCUGCUGCUCACUGUCAGGCAUCUCUGAAGCAGACGUCUCUGGGACAGAGGUCCUUAUGGGUGACAAAACUGAGUCCAUAUGAUCUGAGGACAGGUGGCUAGGUAUGAUCCUUGGUUGACUUCUGUUUAGCAGUGUAGAGAUACCUCUGUUGUUCACCCCCCCCAGGACAAGGCAGUGAAAGGAAUCCACCUUGCUACUGGAGUCCCGUUAUUUCAUUUCACAAUACUGAGCGACUUCAAAGGAAAACUGCUCACCCGACUACUUCAGUGUCUGUGCCUGAACCUCUCAGCGCUCCAUUUCCCUGCAUGUGCAGGGGUUCAGAGACUGUGAUUCCCUACACAUUCACAGUACCCUGCCAGUUCCCCUUGCAAAUACUGUCAAAGUGGUUGCACAUUAAAGAAAUAUAAAGGAUCACUGAUGCUUUCUACUGAGGCUGACUUAAAAAGCAGGAAGAGAGGCAAACAGGACCCAGCACUAGCUCAGGCUGCUCAGAAGUCACUAACGUUUCUAAAUUUUCCACUCUGAGCUGGCUACCAAUGUAUUCUGCUUAACAUUUCAUGGGUUGUCAAGGGAGAGAACGAUUUCAAGCAAGUGGCAUCAUCCUGGAGUGUUGUGAGUAAGAUGCCUGCUGGCAGUGAGGGCAGGAUGUGGGUGCCCAGAGCACAGGGCUGCAUCCUGCAGCUCUUCAUGUGGUGUCAGUUCCUUCAAAGUCAUUGUAACACUUCGUUUUCAUGCCCAGUGUUGCCAGUGCUUUUCACGAAGCUGAGCCUAAGCAGUUCCAUUCCCAUGCAGGGAUCCAAAGACAAACUUUUAAAAUUAUUUUGGUCCAAAAAGGUUGCUAGGGAGUGGUUUCCUCUGCACAGGUAAAUCAGUCUGACACCAAACAGCUGCCAAAGGGGUUCCAAAUCAUUCAUCUUCAGUCUUGUCUGAGGAGGAAAAUUAUCCCUUUUUUCAUAGGAUUAACUUCUUAUUGGUUUGAAUUUCCUGCAUCAAACAUGAAAGAAUGCAACAGGGAAGCACUAACCCAGGUACAGGAAGAAAGAUGGGCAACAGAGACAGUGGAGGAGAGUUUUUUUAGAAAGCAAUGGGAAUCUACUCUUGUGGGUACUUUGGAAAAUUUCAUCAAAUGGCUGUCUGUAUUUGUAAGUCUCUGAAUAUUUUCUAAAAAUUAGACCUAAGUGAAAACAGGCUCCAAACUCAGGCCACAUUUAGAUUUUGGGUUUAAUUACCUCAUCUUUUACUAAAAACAGACAAGAAGUUUAAUCAUAUUUUCCAAGAAAGCAACUGGGCUUAUAUGAAAACUAACAAAAAUGCUGAACGCCUUCCCUCACUGUGAAAUUCAAACAAAGGAAGGUUUCUCUCUGUGACUAUACUUCUCAAUGCUCUAAACUUUUUAUGGAGAAAGAACUCCAUAAACUGAAUGUUAUUGCUCCCAAACAAAAAUAACAGCAGCAAGCUAUUUUUAGUUCUGUCUGAAAUAUGCAGAAUACAAAUCAUUGCUGGUCAGGUGGAAAAGUACUUGGCAAAUCACUGGAAAAGGCACAUUUUUUUCUUGGCUAUCUAAAGGUUAUAUUCAAUCUGUUUCAGUCACUUGAUACCGCCUUUAAUGUAAGUACAGAGUUUUAUCAGAAGUCUUCACUAAAGUUCAUUCUUCAAAUCCUUAUUUCAAUAAUGCAGUAGCAUACCGGAGAGCUGACCUAAUGAUGCCACGUGAACUCCUUGAUCCCAUGCUGUCGAUGAAAGAGGGAAUAAUUGCAGUGGUUUGAAAUGGGAAUAUGAUUGAGAUGGUAAGAGUGUAGAUAUAGCAGUUACAUAAUUGGAAGGAAGGGUGAAAAUCUUCUGUGGUUUUCACCAAGGAGGAAACCUCAACAGCUAUGAGUGACAAGCUGAAGCCUCUCAUGAGACACCACCCACUUCAAAUACUGCAAGAGAAUGCAGAAAAUUAGCCACUGUCUAAUCUCACCCACAUGCUUCUGUCUGUAUGUGCCCAGUGCACCCAAUUAUCAGAUAAUUUUGCAUUUAGAAGAUAUAUAUAUCUCACUUAUGAGGUAAUUUUUUUUGUAUUGACCAUGCUACCACUUUGUUGGCAAUUGAAUUAACUGUUAGAACUGUGUUUUAAUAAACUAGAUUUACCUGUGGCUGAA